GUGACACAGAUUGUAUGUCUAUCUGUCUAGGAAGAGGAAUCCAUGAUGUGUUGCUUUUUUUGUGUGUACGUGUUAAGUUUCUCUUUAUCCAAAUAAAAUAUCUAAGAAGGUACAGAUUAUACAGCCUUCUGAAAUUAUGGGCUGUAUAAAGAAACUUCAGAGUCCUUUUCAGAGCACUGCCUAUAUUGUAGCUUUCAGACAUCUUGUGCUCAACUAAUGCCUGCCAUCAUUCAGAGUGUAUAGUAUUUCCCAUGGCGCAAUUACCUCCAUUAUCUUGUUAUGACUCAGGCUGCCUAGUGCCUCUGCUGCACAGACUCUCAGAUGACCUUUGGUAUGGUAAAGGACACAAAACAGGCUUCUGCAUGAGCAAAGUUCAACACUUAGUCAAUAGAAACAAACGGAAGAGCUGAGCUGAUACUCCACAUUAUUGUAACCCUGAGCUGGAGUAACCACAAAAUAUGGAUCUUGAAUGUGUGAUUACUUAAUUAGACUUACCUCUGACAUUUAAAUGACAUUUACUUCUUUAAGUCAAAGUUAGUACGAUGUUAUCCUUUAUCACGUCGUUUCUUCCGACCUCCGACUUUCUACCUGGGUGGUUGACUCUAGAAACCAAUCCACUGGAUAGUUUACUUCAAGGACUGGUAGCUGCAUGUGGGAUCUCUGUGCUACGCUCCCUGAUGAGAUUGCUCUUAUUUUUAGAGGAAAGCUGGAGUGAUACAAAUGAUAAGGAUACAUCAAGCCAGAGGACGCCCAGUCAUCAAAGAACUCAAACUGGACUUAUUGGGAUGCUCCAGUUUUUCUUUGUGACUGGGCUGCUGGCUGUAGUAGGCUCCCGUGUUGCCUCCCUGGUGGUACUAGAGUUUUGUCUUCGAGGAGUCUCUGGAUGGGUUACAGCUGGACCGGAGUCCAGGAAAUUUCUGCAGCAGCUGUUAGUUCAAAGCCAGUUCUCUCUGGGCUGUGCCCUGAGUUGCAGUUUGCAUUUUCUCCACGAGGCAUCCCAUCGCUGGUUAUGCCUGCUCCUGGCAGCAGCACUGAGCUGGCUCCUGGCUAGGCAGGCCUCACUCCUGCUGCACCAUGUCAUGGCUCUGUAUAAACUCCACAGCUCACAGCGCUACUGCGGCAUUUGCAUCAGCCUCCUCACAUCAGGCCGCUGCCUGUUUCCAAUGCUGUGCAGGACUAUGAUUAUUACUUUCUGUGUGGCUGUGGUGGCCGCCAUUUCUAUCAUCAAUCAACACUUUCUCUCUGCAACAGAGGCCCUCAGGUUUUGGACACCACUGACUAUCUGCUACACACUAUUGGUCGUGUACAUGCAGGAGGAACAGCACCGUCUGCCUGGAAGCCAGGCUGUCCUGAACACAGUGGUGGUGCGUCUCGGUGGUUUGCUGGUCCUGAUGCUGACUGUUGGACGCUGGACUGACGUGCUCCACAUCCUAAUGUGUUUCCUGGGUGAGGCCAGCUGUCUAAUCCCCACAAUGGAUCUGCUGGAUGCGGCAUCCUCACAGGAUGAAGAGGAUUUUACAGACUACGUAAAACGAGAGCAUCAACAAAGACUACGGGCAAAAGAGAAGGAGCAUCAGAGAUAGCCACUCGGAUUUUAAAAUUUAGUGCCACUUCUUUGAAUGCCAUUAUUAGUCUAAGCCAUAUUGGGGCUACAUCAACAAUGAAUGUUUUUGAAUGAUUUUUUUUUUUCAUUAAAAAGUCCAAGGAGUGUAUUAUAGUGAAUUCAUGUAUUCCAUUUUGUAAAAAAAACAAAAAAAACCCAUUUCCAGCUCUUUAACCUUAUUUUUUAGAAAAAGUUUUAUCCAACCACCAUGUGAAAAGGUAAUAUGACGCGCACAGUAUAAUCUGCCUCAUAUAACUUUCUUCCUGAUGUCUUUGAAUUUAUCAUUAAGCUUCUUUACAAACUUUGCCAAAUGGAUUUUCUUGUCUGUUACUCUCCUAUGUAAUUUUCUUUGUGAUUGUCAGUUUAUUAACACUAACUCAGGUAACAAAUGUGCAGUUCAGGACAUUAUAAUAAGAGUAUGUGUGACCUCUUGGAGGAAGUGAUGCUGUAAUCUUGAAAAUAUUUUGGCAUGGCAGCUACUCUAGGAAGAGUAAUUUUCUUUGUGGGGGCCCAGAGCCUAAGGCCAUUGUAACCCUUUCCAUGGCCUAUUGAUAAAUGAGGGUCAAAAUAAGUGAGGUUUACUAUGUUUAUGUUAUGUUGCUAUACUCAAGCUAGCUGGGAGCAAUCAGCUGAUUCUAAUUAUCCCACUAAUUGGUGUGAUUUAAGGAAGAAGCAGAAACUCACAGCUCAAGAAUGUAUUUAGUGUCUAUAUAUAUAUAAAACUGUUUAUUCAAUUGG